AUGAUAGAGCAGAGCUCCACCCUGUCUCCUCUUCUUGCUCUGCUCUGCUCGAACCAACCGCAGACCGGAGCCACGCUCGCCGGCCGGGGCACCUCCUCCUCCUCCGCCGCCGCGCUGAUUCAUCCCUCCCUCACUUCAAGCCUCUACUGCCCCGCCAGUCUCCCACCGUCGCGACGCCGCGGUCGAGGGGCUAGUCUGCCUUUCCUGGCGCCGCCGGAGGGAGACGACCGCCCGCGACCGGAGCAGACGAGGGAGGCACGCGCGACCGGGAAGGCGCUGCUUUCGCUCGAGCCGUACGCCGACGCCGGUGGCCACUCCGGUAAGCGCGCAAUGGGUAUUCCUAUCUGA